UGCCAUUGUACAAUCGCCACAUCUGUUCAUUCAUUUUCCCUCACAAUGGCGGCCCCUUCGUUUGACACUACGCCAGAAAAUCAGGCUGGAAUUCUACAUUUCUUCCGGCAGCAGCUGAGAUACAAGCCCCAAGCUGUCACCGGUGUCAGCCUCGAGGGAAAGACGGGCAUCGUCACUGGAGCUAGCUCAGGCAUUGGACUUGAGACCAGUAGGCAGCUUCUCGAUCUUGGUAUCAGCAAGCUUAUUCUAGCUGUUCGCAACUUGGAAAAGGGCAACGCAGCCGCUGAGGAUCUGGCCAAGGGCCGAAAUCCUCCUCUCAAGGAGGGCACCAUUGAGGUGUGGAAGUUGGAUCUCGACUUUUAUGACUCCAUUACCGCUUUUGCCGAGAAGGCCAAAUCUCUAACGCGGCUCGACAUGGUGCUUAUGAACGCAGGGCUUUGUCCCGCCAAGCGUGUUGUGAAUGAACAAACAAAGCAUGACGAGAUUAUCCAGGUCAACUAUCUAUCCACCGCUCUUCUCACUCUCUUACUUCUGCCUGUCAUCAAAGCCACGCGCCUAAAUCAACCCGGACCAACUCGCGUCACCUUCACAUCCUCAGAAGUGGCAGCAUGGUCAAAAUUCAAGUACGACAAUGGCAUGAACAUCAUCAAGACACUGGAUUCUUCCGAAAAGGGUUCAGAUACACUUUCCCAAAUGUUUAACUCUAAGCUUCUUGGUCAGUUCUUCAUCGCCGAACUUGCUAAGCGAGUGCCAUCAUCUCUCGCCAUUAUCAACGGAGCCUCGCCUGGCUCCAUUCAUGACUCUCAGUUCAACCGCGAGAUUGACCAAACCUUCUCGGGCGCUAUGGUGAAGAGGGUCAUGAAGCAUGUCGCUAACACGUCAGCCAAUGGUGCACGUAUGAUGACAGAUGCCAUUGUCAAGCAUGGUGAAGAGACACACGGACAGUUUUUGUCUUUCCAGAAGUUGGUACCUAUGGCGCCAAUCAUCUAUACCGAUACCGGGAAGAAGUGCAGUGAGCAGCUUUGGAAGGAAACUAUGGAAGAGUUGGCAUUUGCCCAACCUGAGAGGUUGAUCGAGAGUGUUUCGGCUUAGGUCUCACGUUCAAGUAAAUGAGUUUAGGGAUGUGAUAUAAUAGCACCAGAGCUGUUUUCGGCAGUAUCAGCGGGGGAAGCCGUCUCUUUUUCUACUAGUCAGAUGUGCAAAUGUCUACUACACACAGCGUUGGCCAGUUAUGAUACAUCUUCACGAUAGUGAUGAUGAGAAUAGAACCAUAUAAUUGACAGUACCCCACAC